AUGUCGGACUCGGAGAGCGAGGAGGAGGCGGGCGGCGGCGGCGGCGGCGGCGGGCGGAGAGCGGCGCCCUUCUCCCUGGCCGGCUUCCUCUUCGGGAACAUCAACGAGCAGGGCCAGCUGGAGGGCGAGGGGCUGCUCGACCAGGAGUCCAAGAAGCACCUGGCCGGGCUCGGGGCGCUGGGCCUGGGCAGCCUCAUCACCGAAAUCACCGCCAGCGAAGACGACGCUUCCGAGGCGGACGGAGCCCAGCUGGACGAGGAGGGCUGGGUUAAGAGCACAGAGGAUGCUGUGGAUUAUUCUGAUAUUACUGAGGUGGCUGAAGACGAGAGCCGCAGAUACCGGCAGGCCAUGGGUCAUCUCCAUCCAGUUCAGAGACCAGAUGACAAUGAUGAUGACUACGAUGCUGACUCAGAAGACAUUGAUUCCAAGCUGAUGCCUCCCCCUCCCCCCCCACCAGUGCCAAUGAAAAGGGAAGAUGAGAAGGAGGCAGCAGUCUCUGGUAAGAUGGACUUCAGCAGCUCUUCUGACUCUGAAUCGGAGACGAGUUCCCAAGACUCGAGAAAGGCCGAAUCAAAGGAAGGGAAGCUCACCUUGCCGCUUGCUGGGAUCAUGCAGCGAGAUGCCACCAAGCAGCUGCCCAGCGUGACUGCGCUUUUCCCUGAGUUCCGGCCUGGAAAGGUGCUUCGCUUUCUACGCCUCUUUGGCCCUGGAAAAAACAUCCCAUCCGUCUGGCGAAGUGCACGGCGAAAGCGCAGGAAGAAACACCGGGAGUCAAUUCCCGAAGCACAAAUCCCAGAGGAGGAAGCCAGUGCUGAGCCAGGCUUGGAAGGCAAAUCCCCCUGGGAAUAUGAAUUUGCCCCUCCCCCUCCCCCAGAGCAGUGUCUGUCAGAUGAUGAGAUCACUAUGAUGGCUCCUGUGGAGUCCAAGUUCUCCCAGGCUACUGGAGAUGCAGACAAAGUAGCUGACACCAGGCCCAAAGUGUCAGAAUGGCGCUACGGUCCUGCCCAACUCUGGUAUGACAUGUUGGGCAUCCCUGAAGAUGGCAGCGGCUUUGACUAUGGCUUCAAGCUGAAGGAAGCCGAGGAGGAAGAGGCAGUGAGUUGCAGAGAAGAGCAGUGCCUUGCUGACAGCAGGGAGGAUGAGCUGCUGGCCGACGAGCACUUCCUGAUGGUAACGCAGCUGCAGUGGGAGGACGAUGUGAUCUGGAACGGAGAGGACAUCAAGCACAAAGGAACCAAGACCCAGCGAGCCAGUCUGGCAGGCUGGCUGCCUUCCAGCAUGACUAGAAACGCCACUGCCUACAACGCCCAGCAAGGGCUGAACCGAAGUGGCUCCCUGCUCAACUUGCCAGUUCCCCUGGUGCAAAAGCCCAGUGUGGCAGGAGUCUUGAGCAUCGCCAAGGGCAAAGAGAAGCAGCUGCCUGAACAGCAAGCCCUGGAUGAAGACAAGCCAUGGUUCUCCAUUUUCCCCAUUGACAAUGAAGAGCUGGUCUAUGGCCGCUGGGAGGACAACAUCAUCUGGGAUGACAAGGCGAUGAACAGGGUAUUGAUGCCCCCGGUCCUGACCCUGGAUCCUAACGAUGAAAAUAUCAUCCUAGAAAUUCCCGAUGAAAAGGAAGAGAUGACUCUCAAUUCCCCCUCCAAGGAGAAUAAGAAAGACUCUUCUUUGAAGAAAAGCCGGAUCCUCUUGGGCAAAACGGGAGUCAUUAAGGAAGAGCCCCAGCAGAAUAUGUCUCAGCCAGAAGUGAAAGAUCCCUGGAAUCUCUCCAAUGAUGAGUUUUACUAUCCCAAGCAGCAGGGCCUCCGCGGAACCUUUGGCGGCAAUAUUAUCCAGCACUCAAUCCCUGCUGUGGAGCUGCGCCAGCCCUUCUUCCCCACCCACAUGGGCCCUAUGAAGCUGCGACAGUUCCACCGGCCCCCCUGGAAGAAGUACUCCUUUGGCACCUUGUCACAGCCCGGGCCCCACGCGGUGCAGCCACUGCUGAAGCACAUCAAGAAGAAGGCCAAGAUGAGAGAGCAGGAGCGCCAGGCCUCUGGGGGCGGGGAGAUGUUCUUCAUGCGCACCCCGCAGGACCUCACGGGCAAGGAUGGUGACCUCAUCCUGGCCGAGUACAGUGAGGAGAACGCCCCCCUGAUGAUGCAGGUUGGGAUGGCCACCAAGAUCAAGAACUACUACAAGCGGAAACCGGGCAAGGAUCCUGGCGCCCCAGAUUGCAAGUAUGGGGAGACUGUGUACUGCCACACGUCCCCCUUCCUGGGCUCCCUUCAUCCUGGCCAGCUCCUCCAGGCAUUUGAAAAUAAUCUCUUCCGGGCUCCGAUCUACCUUCACAAGAUGCCUGAAACAGACUUCCUAAUUAUUCGGACACGCCAGGGCUACUACAUCCGGGAGCUGGUGGAUAUCUUUGUGGUUGGCCAGCAGUGUCCUCUCUUCGAAGUCCCUGGCCCCAACUCCAAACGGGCCAAUACGCACAUCCGAGACUUCCUGCAGGUCUUCAUCUAUCGCCUCUUCUGGAAGAGCCGAGACCGACCCCGGAGAAUUCGCAUGGAGGAUAUUAAGAAGGCGUUUCCUUCCCACUCCGAGAGCAGCAUCCGGAAGCGGCUGAAGCUCUGUGCAGAUUUCAAGCGCACCGGGCUGGACUCCAACUGGUGGGUCCUGAAACCUGACUUCCGGCUGCCAACCGAGGAGGAAAUCAGAGCCAUGGUGUCCCCAGAGCAGUGCUGUGCCUAUUACAGCAUGAUUUCUGCUGAGCAGCGCUUGAAGGAUGCAGGUUACGGAGAGAAAUCCUUUUUUGCCCCUGAAGAAGAAAACGAGGAGGAUUUCCAGAUGAAGAUAGACGAUGAGGUGCGGACAGCUCCCUGGAACACCACUCGGGCUUUUAUUGCAGCAAUGAAAGGGAAAUGUCUCCUGGAAGUUACUGGAGUAGCAGACCCAACAGGAUGUGGCGAAGGCUUCUCCUACGUAAAGAUCCCAAACAAGCCAACGCAGCAGAAGGAUGACAAGGAACCACAGCCAGUGAAGAAGACGGUCACAGGGACGGAUGCUGAUCUUCGGCGCUUAUCCCUCAAAAACGCCAAGCAGCUCUUGCGCAAGUUUGGAGUCCCCGAAGAAGAGAUCAAGAAGCUCUCCCGCUGGGAGGUGAUCGACGUGGUACGGACAAUGUCCACUGAGCAGGCUCGCUCAGGCGAAGGUCCCAUGAGUAAGUUUGCCCGAGGGUCCCGCUUCUCCGUGGCAGAACACCAGGAGCGAUACAAGGAGGAAUGCCAGCGCAUCUUUGACUUGCAGAACAAAGUCCUGGAGUCCACCGAGAUCCUGUCGACAGACACAGACAGCAGCUCUGCUGAAGACAGCGACUUCGAGGAGAUGGGGAAGAACAUUGAGAACAUGCUCCAGAACAAGAAGACCAGCUCCCAGUUGUCCCGGGAGAGGGAGGAGCAGGAACGGAAGGAGCUGCAGCGCAUGCUGAUGGGGGAAGACGCUUCCACUCCUGGCAACUUGGGUGGUUCCCAUAAAGACGAUGACACGGCCUCUGUGACCAGCCUCAAUUCUUCGGCCACCGGUCGCCGCUUGAAAAUCUAUCGCACUUUCCGUGAUGAGGAUGGGAAGGAGUACGUGAGAUGUGAAACUGUCCGCAAGCCCUCGGUCAUCGAUGCCUACAGCAGGAUCCGGACUACCAAGGAUGAAGAGUUUAUCCGGAAGUUUGCGCUCUUUGACGAGCAGCACCGGGAGGAGAUGCGGAAGGAAAGGCGCCGGAUCCAAGAGCAGCUGAGGCGGCUGAAGCGGAACCAGGAGAAGGAGAAGCUGAAGGGCCCUCCGGAGAAAAAGCCCAGGAAGAUGAAGGAGCGCCCGGACCUGAAGUUAAAGUGUGGGGCCUGUGGGGCCAUCGGUCACAUGAGGACCAACAAGUUCUGCCCUCUGUACUACCAAACUAACGCUCCCCCCUCCAACCCGGUGGCCAUGACAGAAGAGCAGGAGGAGGAGCUGGAGAAGACCGUCAUCCCCAACGACAACGAAGAGCUCAUCAAGGUGGAGGGGACCAAGAUUGUCUUGGGGAAACAGCUGAUUGAGAGUGCGGAUGAGGUUCGCAGGAAGUCCUUGGUCCUGAAGUUCCCCAAACAGCAGCUGCCCCCCAAAAAGAAGCGGCGGGUUGGGACCACGGUGCAUUGUGACUACUUAAAUCGGCCCCACAAGUCCAUCCACCGGCGACGCACAGACCCCAUGGUGACCUUGUCUUCCGUCCUGGAAAGCGUCAUCAAUGACAUGCGGGACCUUCCCAACACGUACCCCUUUCACCAGCCGGUGAAUGGGAAGUUGGUGAAAGAUUACUACAAGAUCAUUCCCAGGCCAAUGGACCUGCAGACCCUCCGGGAGAACGUCCGCAAGCGACUCUAUCCGUCUCGGGAAGAGUUUCGGGAACACCUGGAGCUGAUUGUGAAGAACAGUGCCACCUACAACGGGCCAAAGCACUCCUUGACCCAGAUUUCUCAGUCAAUGUUGGACCUCUGUGACCAGAAACUGAAAGAGAAAGAAGAUAAAUUGGCUCGUUUGGAGAAAGCCAUAAAUCCCCUUCUGGACGAUGAUGACCAAGUAGCCUUUUCCUUUAUUCUGGACAACAUCGUGACCCAGAAGAUGAAGGUGGUUCCUGAUUCUUGGCCGUUCCAUCAUCCUGUUAAUAAGAAAUUUGUGCCAGAUUAUUACAAAGUUAUCGUCAGCCCAAUGGAUCUGGAGACUAUCCGCAAGAAUAUCUCCAAGCACAAGUACCAGAAUCGAGAAGUCUUCCUGGAUGAUGUGAACCUGAUCCUUGCAAAUAGUAUCAAAUACAAUGGGCCGGACAGCCAGUACACCAAAACAGCUCAGGAGAUUGUGAAUAUCUGCUACCAGACCUUAGCGGAGUAUGAUGAGCACCUGACUCAGCUUGAAAGAGACAUCUCGACCGCUAAAGAAGCAGCCCUGGAGGAAGCUGAUCUGGAGAGCUUGGACCCCAUGACUCCUGGGCCCUACACGCCGCAGCCACCCGAUUUGUAUGAUACCAACACCUCUCUCAGUAUGUCCCGGGAUGCCUCCGUCUACCAAGAUGAGAGCAAUCUGUCUGCUAUGGACACGCCCACCACGACACCCGAGAAGCCCUCUGCACAGGAAGUGGAGGACGCCGAGGGAGACCUGGCUGAUGAGGAAGAAGGCUCGGUUCAGCAGCCUCAGGCCAGUGUGCUCUAUGAAGACUUGCUCAUGUCAGAUGGGGAGGACGAUGAUGGCAGCGAUGAGGAGGGCGAUAACCCCUUUUCAUCUAUUCAGCUUAGUGAGAGUGGGAGCGAUUCUGACGUGGAGCCUAGCGCAGUUCGGCCCAAGCAGCCGCAUGUCCUCCAAGAGAACACGCGGAUGGGCAUGGACAAUGAGGAGAGCAUGAUGUACUACGAGGGAGCUGGAGGAGAGGCUUCUCACGCCAUGGAGGACAGCAACGCCAGUUAUGGUAGCUACGAGGAGCCCGGCCCAAAGUCCAAUACGCGAGAUGCCAGUUUUAGUAGCCUGGGAGGGUACGAGAUCUCAGAAGAGGAGGAGGAGGAGGAAGAGGAAGAGGAGGAAGAGGAGGAAGAGCAGCGAUGCGGCCCCAGCGUGCUAAGCCAGGUUCAUCUGUCAGAGGACGAGGAUGACAGCGAGGACUUCCACUCCAUAGCUGGAGACAGCGAUCUGGAUUCUGAUGAGUGAGGAUGGCCUGGCAUGGAAGGCGGCCUUGGAGGGGAGCCACCCUGCUCUUGCUCCGGGCUCUGAAGAACAGGAGACACAGGCCUUGGGGGGCCAUUGCCCGGCCUGCAGCACCAGACGUGUGUGUGU